UCAACAAAGCAGUGAUAAUACGAAUCUUGUGUCGCGUAAACGUACUUCAAUAUAUAUUCAAUUUAAGUACAUGUAUUUUAUAAAUGAUUUCUCACGCAUUAUGGACGUUUGCAUUGCAAUUUUAUCUCUUAAUAUUUGUGUGAUACGGUGGAAAUGAGUGUGCCAAUUGUGAAGAAGUGUUGUUGUUGUGUUAGCCUGCGAACAGCUACUUUAGUUAUCGGAUGUCUUUAUACGAUAUGGACCCUAGCAGAGCUGAUAGGAUCGUGCGUGCUGGUGACCUUGUUGCCGAUUGGAACGGAUGGGAAGGUGUCAAUUCACAAGAGGGUGCUUUAUAUAACCGCAGUUGUAGUUUGCUGUGUGCAUUUACUGUUCUCAGUACUUUUGAUCGUCGCUGUUAUCAAGAAGUUGCCAGUGUUAAUGUUACCUUGGACGAUUGUGACGGGUAUUAUCUCGGCCACGGUUUUCGUAAUGUCAUUGAUGGGCAUGAGCUUGGUGCUGCAGGAUUGGGGAGACAUGUCUGUCGUUGACGCCACCUUCGUGAUUAUACACUUCUUAAGGGCUUGUAUAUCAGCAUACUGCAUAGUGGUUGUACACAGUUACCAUAAAGAUAUGAUGAACAAGCAAAUAAGAGGUACCAUGUACAAUAAAGUGAACACGGAAGACACAAGAGAACAUAAUACAAGAGAAACUGCAGAUACACCUCACGUAUAAUGAAGCUAUCACGUGUAAGAACGUGUGUUGAAGUACACCAUAUGCCGUGGAAGUAACAAAAAUGAUUUUUUUUUGCAGAGGCUAGAUAAUACCUAGAUAUUUAUACUUACACGUAUGUCAAUGUAUGUGAAUAAAGUGAAAUUUUAUCAAUCAGAGAAAUGUUAUAUUACAUAUUUUAUUCCGUGUUAUUUACCAAAGAAUGUAUUCUGUAAUUUAAAAAUAUUAUUAGUAUCUACUUAUUUUACAAUUAUGGUUGUUUUAUAUUAAUUAUUUUUUAAUAAUAAAUUAAUAAAUAAUUUACGUAC